GAGGGCGCCGCGUCCUCGCUGUGCUGGGGCUGCAGAAGCUGGUGGUCGCUCGCGCGGAGCGUCCUUCUUUCCUGCAGGAAGCGGCGGCGGCGGCCUCGGGUGGGGGCAGCAGGGAAGUCUGGGGCCAGAGGGGUCUGGAAAAUUCUCUGGCCAUGGGCCGCCGCUGCCCCUGUGCCUGAGGACGGCGUUUGCAUCCCGACGUCACCACCCGGCCCUCCGCCUCGCGUGUGGCAGCCCCCGCGUCGCCUCCUCAGACAAACCCGCACCCUUCCUGCCUGGGAAGCUGUUUCCUCACACCCAGCGGGGGCCAAACGCUGUGCGGAGUUGCUUCGAGUUUUGUAAGGAAGCCCUGCGAGGUCGGCCCAUGGCUGUUUCAGCGGGUUUCAAUGAAACUUCCUAUUUGCUGCCUCCAAACCGGGAGGCCUGGGAAGAGCGAGGCAUCCCUGACUUUGUGUAUGGACAGAAGGAGCUCACGCGGGAAGGGGUUCAGUGGCCGGGGACCCCUCCCGGCCCCCCGGACACACGGCCUCCUCCGUCUCGUUUCGAUUCUGCGCUCCGCUCGGCCUGGAGACAGCGGAUGGAUCUGGGCCUGUUCCGCUACCGCCUGGGGGAGUUGCAGACCCGCACGCUCCCCGGCCCCGUGGGCUUCGUGGCUCAGCUGAACGUGGAACGAGGGGUGCAGAGGAGGCGCCCCCAGAACAUCAGGAGCGUCAGGCAGGCGUUUGACCCCCAAGAGUUCAACUUCAACAAAAUCCGGACGGGGGAGGUCCUCUUCCGGUUGCGCCGCCGGGACCCCGAUCCCCCGGGGGGUCCCCAGGAUGAGGAUGUGCUCGUGAUGAUCAACGUGAGCCCCCUGGAGCGGGGCCACGUGCUGCUGGUGCCCGAGCCCGCCCGGGGGCUCCCGCAGCGCCUGCUGCCCUGCACGCUCCGGGCCGGGCUGGAGGCCGUGCUGCUGAGCUCGCACCCGGGCUUCCGCGUCGGGUUCAACAGCCUGGGCGGCUUGGCCUCCGUCAACCACCUCCACCUGCACGGCUAUUACCUGGCCCACAGGCUGCCCGUCGAGGGGGCCCCAAGCGAGCCCCUGGACCCUGGGGGCCGUGUGUACCUGCUCCAGGCUGUCCCAGCCCCCGGCUUCCUCUUUUAUACCCGCGGGCCGGGGCCGGGUUUGGAAUCCCUGAUCAGCAGGGUGUGUCGAGCCACGGACUAUCUGACGGACCACGAGAUCGCCCAUAACGUGUUUGUGACCCGGGGUGCACCCCCUGGGAAGGCAUCCUUCUCCCCGACCCUCACGGGGGUCCGGGUGAUCCUCUGGCCCCGCAAGCCCAGCUUCGGGGUAAAGGAAGGGGAGGCGUUCAACGUGGCCCUCUGCGAGCUGGCCGGGCACCUGCCUGUGAAAACGGCCCAGGACUUCAGCGGCCUGACCGAGGCGGCCGCCCUGGCCCUCAUCCAGGACUGUCUGCUGCCCCCAGCGCAGGCGGCGGAGGUACGGGCGGCACUGGUGGCCUUGGUAGCUCAGGAGGAGCAGUGAUGGAGGCUCCCUCCCCUGUCCUAGCCUCAGAGGAGGGAUCAAGAACUGAUAACAGCCGAAACCGGUGUGACAGUGGAUAGAGCGUCGGCUUGGGGACUGAAAGGUCCCGGGUUCGAUUCCGGUCAAGGGCAUGUACCUUGGUUGCGGGCACAUCCCCAGUGGGAGGUGUG